CUGAGUUGACAGGCAGAGCUCUAGGUUGUUCCAGGGGGAAAGGUGGAUCAAUGCACAUGUAUGCUCCCAACUUUUAUGGUGGGCAUGGGAUAGUGGGGGCACAGUGUCCACUGGGUGCAGGAGUAGCAUUUGCUCACAAAUACCUUGAAGACAAAGGGGUGUGUCUGACACUCUAUGGGGACGGAGCAGCAAAUCAAGGUCAGCUGUAUGAGGCCAUAAACAUGGCCAAACUCUGGAACCUUCCAUGUCUGUUUAUUUGUGAAAACAACUUAUAUGGUAUGGGUACAAGCACUGACAGGUCGGCUGCAAAUAAUGAGUACUACACCAGGGGUCACUAUAUACCAGGGAUACAGAUGGAUGGUAUGGAUGUCCUUGCUGUCAGGGAAGGAACACGGUUUGCAAUGGACAUAUGCAGGGAAGGCAAAGGACCAAUUAUGAUUGAAGCUAAAGCAUAUAGGUACCAUGGCGACAACGGACUCCGAUCCGAAAAACCAGCUCAUCGACAUCCGGAAGACUACUCCUAA